ACACAAUCUUGUCUCUUCAGUCAAACAGUUUCUCCUUUUUAUCUUUAAAACACGCACCCAAAAAAUAAAACCCUUUGAAAACCAAAGAAGGAAGAAGAAGAUGUCGUGGCAAGCUUACGUAGAUGAUCACUUGAUGUGUGAAAUCGAAGGAAACCAUCUCUCUGCCGCCGCUAUCAUCGCCCACGACGGCAGCGUUUGGGCCCAAAGCGCCAAUUUCCCUCAGUUCAAGCCCGAAGAAAUUAAUGCCAUCAUGAAUGACUUUAAUGAACCGGGUACGCUCGCUCCCACCGGGUUGCACCUCGGUGGCACGAAAUACAUGGUGAUCCAAGGCGAAGCGGGAGCUGUUAUCCGAGGGAAGAAGGGACCCGGAGGUGUUACUGUUAAGAAGACCAAUAUGGCCUUGAUCAUCGGAAUCUAUGAUGAACCAAUGACACCCGGCCAAUGCAACAUGAUCGUCGAGAGGCUCGGCGAUUAUCUCCUCGAUCAGGGUUAUUGAUUCUCUUCGGUGUGUGUCCUUAUUUGAAUGCAUUUCUUCUUGGGUUUUUUUCUAUACGAAAAAAAGAAACAUGCAUCGAAGUGUCUCCGUAUUACUCGUAUUUACAUGGAAAAAGUUUGUAAUGGUUAUGUUUUAUGAUCUCUUUGCUUUGUUUUUAUGUAUUUUGUUUGAUGGAUACUAUGAAGGUUGUGGAGUGAGGUACUUUUGGUUUUUCUUCUUUUACAUUUACAGUGGAUAAUUCUACUGGAUUUGUUUAAUUUAAUUGACCCUUUGUUUCGGUU